AGGGACAACAGUUGACAACUUUGAGGCCACGGCUCAUUUCGUCACUUAGCACACUACUCGCGUUGGGCAGUAUUAUAAUAAUAUCACUCGUAAUCGACCUUGGAUGAAUUUACUUAAGCUACGGGAGUAGAUCAACAAAAACAAAAUGGCAACGUCGACUACAUUUCAGAAGGAAGACGAACCGACGAAAGCAGAGAUCCAGACUCUGUGCCCCGUCAAAUUGGGGAAAAUUCUGGUCGGCAAGACCAUGGAUAUGCUUGUCGACUACCACGAGCCUCUGAACUUGUAUACCGGAGAGUACAAGGACAAGAUUUCGGGAACAAGCCAGGAGCAGAAGAAACAAGCGAAAGCGGAGAUGCUGGCUGUUAAGGGUUUCCAAAUCCUAUCACGCGCUACCAUCUUUGAGCCUUUUCCUAGUUGGAAAGAAAUUAAGGAUGUUCUGCCGAGUGAUAUAAUUCCGUAACCUCUAACAAUUCUUUGGUGGGCUCCAGGGUGAAGUGUGCUACCAACAAAAUCUAUAUGGAUCGCUGCCGCAAACGUCUGGCUGAGCACUUCAAGGACAACACGAACGCCUUAAUGGCUACGAAAGACAUCGAAGAGCAGACCGCCAAAGUGAAAAACGUUCUGGAUCAGAUGAAGCAAAAUGUGGAAUGCGGAAAGUACGAGAUGCUGGACACCUCGUUUAUCGAUCUGGGAGUGGUUCACUGUGCGAUGGGCUUUGAUUACGGGUAGGUCAAAGAUGUCCGCGCUGCUGUUUGUUUUGCUUGUCCUAAGGAAAAACGCAAAACAAACAGGAAGCAGAGACCUCAAGACCUUACUUCUAAGUUUAGGAGCAGAUGCCAAACCCCCGCAAGGUCAAUCCCUUUAAGAUUGAGGAGGGAUUUACUGCGUCGCAGGGUCAGCCUGGAUGCGAGAUGAUGUGAGUGGUUUUCUACUGCCAGCUGAUGACUCAGGUUAUAUUUCUAGGCUGAAGCAGAAUCAGACGCAUGAGCAUGCUAGUACCUAAGGAGCUGACUGAACUGAUUCAUAUGACGGGACGGCUUUGACAUUCCCAAGAACCAAAAACAUGCUUUCGAAUUCAACUGAGUUUUUACUGCGCAGGAGUAGCCACAUCACUGGGG